AUGGCUGAAACUAUAGAGAAACCUAAUGCAGAGGAGGACGGCAACAAGGACGAGGUGUCUUUGGACAAGUUGCUGAUAGAAGAAGUUGGGCAACUUGGAAGAUACCAAUGGCGCAUACUAGCUCUUACUGUAGUUACUGUAAUAUUUGCUGCGUGGGCGGCAGUUGAAUAUAUAUUUACCACAGGAAGGAUUCCUACAAGAUGCCUAAUUCCAGAAUGUGACGUUCCGGAGUCUAUAGAGUUUCGACCUUCGUGGCUUUUAAACGCAGUGCCUGAGAGUGGCAGCUCUUUUGACAACUGUCGCAGGUUCAGCCCUGCCAACGCAACACUCCACACAGACACAUGUCCCGCAAGCCUCUUUAACAGAGACAAUGUGGUCGACUGCAAAGAGUUUCUCUAUGAGAAUACCGAUACUGUCGUAUAUGAUUAUGAUCUGGCUUGCGACGAAUGGCGUCGGACCCUCAUAGGAUCUGUCAGAACCUUUGGAACCCUCACUGCCCUACCCAUCACUGGGUUCAUAUCGGACAGGUGGGGCAGACGUACUGCCCUCAGCAUUAAUGCCAUAAACACUGCUUGGAUUGGUGUCUUGCGUUACUUUGCAGAUACGUAUGUUGGUUUCCUCAUUUCGCAAGUGGCCGAAGCUACUUUUGGCUCUGGAUCUUUCUCUUGCGCUUAUAUUUUAUUGAUGGAAGUAGUUGGUCCUAAGUAUCGCGUGGCAGCAGGAGCUACGAUGAACACAUGCUUCUCCAUAGGUCAAAUUACUAUGGGAUUAAUUGCCUGGGCUGUGCCCGAUUGGAGGAAGCUUACACUCAUUCUUUAUAUCCCUCAGUUCAUAACAAUAAUUUACUACUGGGUGAUGUUCGAAUCUAUUAGAUGGUACAUGAGCAAGGGACGGUAUGAAGAUGCAGAAAAAACACUUAAAAGGGUAGCGCAAAUUAACGGAAAUCAACUGUCUGAUGACUCUAUCCAAUCUCUUAAAUUGUCCGCCGAGAAAGAGAAAAUCCAAGCGCUUGUAGACAAAGAAGCUAAGAAGGAAGAACCGUGGCUGAUCGUAAUUUUAUUCCGCUACAAACGUGUAUUGUUGCGUGUUUGCGUUUCGCCAGUUUGGUGGAUUACCACGACGUUUAUUUAUUACGGCAUGUCCAUCAAUUCAACAAAUAUGUCUGGAAAUCGAUACGUAAAUUAUAUUGCGGUGGCUGCCGUUGAAAUCCCUGGGUACUGGACUGCUUUUCUCCUUAUGAGUAUAGUAGGAAGACGACCAGUGUUAGCAGGAGCGUUUUGGGUCUGUGCCGUGUGUCAGAUCGCGUAUAUUUUUAUACCUUCUGAAGUGUACAGUGUGUCGCUCGCCGUAUACCUGGUAGCCAAGUUCAGUAUUGCGAUGGUUAUGACCUCAGUAUACGUCUAUACUACUGAAUUGUAUCCCACAAAAUACAGACAUACACUGUUCGCAUUCUCAUCAAUGAUGGGCAGGAUUGGAUCUAUCGUAGCACCACUUACACCAGCUUUUGGGGCAGCUGUGUGGGAAGAAUUUCCCUUUGUUCUGUUUGCAUGUUUUGCUUUAUUGUCGGGAGCGUUAGUGCUAAUCACUCCAGAGACUUUGGGUUCAAAGCUUCCUGACUCCAUGGAAGACGCUUUUAAUAUCGGUCUGAAAAAAGAUGAUCCAAACCGUAGAUAG